UUAUUUUAGCUUCCGGCCAAACGAGAGGAGACUAGACAAGAGCGUUACCAAGAAAUUGACCAAUACUUGUUUGAAUUUGCACCAUUGAACCGGGAAUACAUAGAAGACGACAUGAAGUUUAUUCAUUUGUUGAUGUUUCUUUUGUUGGCUGUGCUGUGCGUCCAGACGACCAACGCCAAGACGACAGCCAAACCCAAAAAACCGGCUGCUGAUGAUGAUAAGAUGAUGAUGAUGAUGCCCGAAGAAGACGACAACAAUGAUGAGGAUAUGAUGAUGAUGGAAUCAUCCUCGUCAACUAGCACCACUACUACAACAAAGAAGCCAAAUAAAAGUAAAACCACAACAACCACAGAGUCCCCCAUGAAGGAUGAGGAGGAUGAGGAGAAGCCCAAAGAGAAUGAGGAUCACGAGAAAAUGGCCACAUCCACAACCACCAAGAAGCCAAAGAAGUCCACGACGACCACAACCACAGCUAAACCUAAGAAGACCACAACCAAAAAACCCAAAGAUGAGAAUAAUGCCGCCGAAGAAAAGGACGAUGAAGAGGAAGAGAAAAUGCCUGAUGAAGAAGAGGGUGAAGAUGACGACGAAGAAGACCCCAUGGCCAUGAUGAUGUCCUCCACCACCACAAAGAAGCCUAAGAGGAAAACUACAACCACCAGCAGCACCUCCACUACAACAACUACCACAGUCAAACCCGAUGAGAAGAAAAAUAAGGAGGACCAGGACAAGUCAUCUACCACCUCUACCACACCAACAACAACAACUACUACCACAGCAAAGCCCGACACCAUGGAAGAGGAUAUCAAAACCGUCCUGGAGGAAUGCAAGAAACUCAGAGCCAAGAAAAACAGCUCCGAGGAAGACAGUUCCGAAGAGAGCAAACAUCGUCGCCGUGGUGGUGGCUCCAAAAAAGAUCGCAAGAAGCUGAAGAAGCUAUGCAAAGAUCUUGCCCGCCUGCAAGCCGACAAAGACCAAGAGAAAAUCAUGGAAGCCAUUGCAAGACUUUCCGGAGACCAGAAGGAGUCCGAACGCCCAAGUUUGGGUGAUAUUAUAAAACGUUUGGAAGAACGUUUGAGUGGACGCGGCGGCAGCGGCAGCAGCGGUGGUAGACGUCGUCACCAUUAA